GUCGGCAACACAAACCUGAACCAGAAAGAUCAAUUCGCGGUGUCUGCAAAGCGCGUCGAGUGCCACUGAACUUGCGGUAAACGUCGAAUUGGGGGAGGGGGGCAACCCGAACACUAUUACUGAGGCGCGUGUUGCCUCAAAUUCCAAUUCGAAUUCGAAUUCGAAUUCGAAUUCAAUUGAAAGCAAACGAUUUACUUGAAAUAUUAUAUGCACAAUAUUUUAUUAUUGAUUGUCAAUUGUCGUUGUGGAAUUCAUUUGAUUUUGUUUUAAAGCGGAAACGUUAGUUUAUUUAAGCAGAAAGUCGAAUACAGUUUUGUGUAAAACAUAAAUAAACAAUUUGUGCGCGUGUCUAAAUAUAAAUAUAAAUGCAUAAACUUUACUUGAGUUCAUAUAAGACAUUCACGAAAAUGCUGACGGCCAUAAAAGAGCACAAAAUGCUGCUAAUUAUUGCACUAUUCAGUGUCUGUGCGACCGGAGCACAUGGUCAGUCCUAUCUGUUAACCUUGGAGAACGUUCUUACGCGUCAGCUGCCAUAUAAUCUAACGACUGUGAAUGGUACAAACGAGACGGAUCUGUUUGCCGAGCAAGUGGAUAAUAAUACAAGAAUAUUUGUCUAUAAAAAUACAGUUGUUGAGCCCAACAACGAACUAUCUCAGACGGCAAUGGAUGUGAUUACCAUUGUGUGGUAUGUGGCCACGUUUCUGGCGCUGGCCGCCUUCUUUAUGCUGAUGGCCUGCUCGGAUCGACGUUGUCGGGAUAUGCGUGGUCGUCAGGCGAAUGCCACGCCCAAUGAGACACAACGUGCACCGCCCACGCCGUCGCCAUCGUACAGUGAAUUCGCGCCACCGAGCUAUGAUACGGUUAUCAAAAUGCAGCAUGCGGCCAAGACGAGCAUCUUUGUGAUACCCUUCAAUAGUGAGGGUAAGGGCAAUGAUGAGUCGAAUGCGUCGCCCGUAUCUACCGCACCCGCCAGUAUCUAUACAAUUGAUGAGCGGCCAAAGCCGCAGAAAUGAUAAAGCUUCAGCUUUUAUUCGUAUGCGGGCUGUAUAAUUAACGUCUCUGUGAUAUUUACUGUGCAUGCACCUGGUGCCACAUGCGAAAUGCCCUCGUUUUGGCCAAAAGCGAAGCGGCCAUUUUUGUAGUGCAGUGUGAAAUGUAUUAUAAUUAAAUGUAUUUUGUAGCAAUUGUUAAAGAU